CAUUUCCUGGGUGCAGCACACAUCGAGGAAAUGACUAUUUAUUAUUCGCUACCAUUUCAUCUUGCCAGUAGCCAGUGAUGUGAGAUAAACAUGAGACAGUAAGAUUUGUAGCUCUCGACCAGGCACACUUUGACAGGUAACAGAAUGGAGGUUCUACGGUGGACUUGUGUGCUGGGACUCCUCUUCACUCUAGCCGGGGCUGCAAGGGCAGAAUCCCCUGUGGUUUUCCAAAGCCCAAAAGCCAUUUCGCUCAUGAAGGUGAACUCAACAGCCAAAAUACAAUGUAGAACCACUUUGAUCAAUCCAACGGGGCUCUAUUUGAAAAGACGCUUCUCUAAGGAACUGGAGGUGCUGUACUUUUCAGUGGGUACCUCAAAGCGCACUGUAAACCAAGAGUACAAGCACAGGCUGUCCAUGAUCGGUGAAUGCUGUGACUACACAUUACAGCUGUCCCUGCUGGGAGUGAAAGACUCAGAUGGGUACUACUGCAUUUGGAGCAAACUAGACGAACAAUCUGGGGGGGUGCAGAGAUACGAGAGUACGGACACAAUCAUCAUCAUCCGAGAGAGGGACCCAAAAGAGGACUGUAACAGAAUUCAUAACCUGCAACAAAUCUUGUUCCUUCUGAGUGUGACAGCAGGCGCAGUUGUGGUCUGUGUCUUCCUCGGUGUACUGAUGUGGCGGUGCACAAGGACCAAAGAAAGCUACAGGCCUGUUGUGACAAACCAGAGACAUCACCAACUCUGUCCCCAACACAGUGACAUGCAGUACAUUUAUCACAAUAAUUGAGUAACUAGACGGAACUAGAGGACAGCUUUGCGUGUUUCUUUCUCAAAGUGUGGACAAACUGAUGUCUUUGUGUGCUCUGAUAAUCAUUCAUUAUUGAUAUAAUUUUUAGUAACUGUUUAUGUAGUGUAUGUUUGUUAUUAUCCCUACAGAGGUCCAUUAAGUACCUCAUUUAAUAGUGUAUGUGUUGGGGAGGUCAUUAUACUUUAUUUUUGCGUGUGCAUGAGUCACCUCAAAUGUGCGACAUUCAUCAGAAUGUAAAUGUCAGCACAAGUCUGUCAUUUCUAAAAAAAAAAAAACUUACACCACAUCCUGGUCCUUCAUGUCUGCUUAGUCGCUGAUCUGUAGGAAAAUACACUUUGGCAAAUAACAGGUUAGAACAAACAGGUUAGUAUCAUGUGAUAAGCUACAAUAAUAGCCGAUACGACACAGCGUAAUUGGAAAAGGGAGACGAUGCAUUUGAUUCCCCACUGAUGCAGUCAAUAAAAGUGAAAAUGUUUUGCUCAAAAAGUAGUCAAACCAUGAUCAUCCAAACCUCUAUUAUUUAUUUUGAAUGUCUACACUCAUGCUCAGUUUAAUAAUCAAGUAAGCAAGCUGAAACAUUUUCUUGUGCAAAUAAAAUGUUACAUUUUCCUUAAUAAGUUGACGCUUGUGCUAUUGACUAUUUAUUUGACAAAUGUGGAAACUUAGUUGCAAUUUGUAUUUGUGCCAUAAUGUAAAUAUUAUAAAGUUGAUGAUAAAAAUAAACAUCUUAUCAACACGUUAGCAAAAUCUAUAGAAGAUAAAUACACAAGAAAGCCUGCAGCUAAUUUCCGCUGUGAUCCUAAAUGGAUUAUUACAUUACAUUACAGGCAUUUAGCAGACGCUCUUAUCCACAGCGACGUACAAGUGCAUCAGUUCAAUUCAAAUGCAGAAAUAGCAAGACAGGCAUGGCUACCAUUUCUCUUGUGAGAAAAGGGGGAAUAUGUGGCUUUGGCAGAGCAGAACGUUGCCAUGCCACAAUCUAAGGGAAGAACACGUCGAGAUGAACACGUCCAGAAUGUUCGUCUUCAAGCCGAUGAAAUCACUACUAACAAAGUGUGCCAGGGCUACUGUAACCAGUGGAUUGCGUAGGCUGGCAUGUACACCUAGCUCCUGUCCCAGGGUUUGUAUUGUGGGUGGAGGACCAGCAGGCUUCUACACCGCUCAACACCUACUCAAAGCUCAUCCGGCCAUCCAGGUAGACAUAUAUGAGCGGCUGCCCAUACCCUUCGGGCUUGUGCGAUUUGGGGUGGCACCUGACCAUCCAGAAGUCAAGAAUGUCAUCAACACUUUUACCCAGACUGCCCAGCAUGAACGCUGCAGCUUCCAUGGCAACGUGACUGUGGGAAAGGACGUGAGUGUGGAAGAACUGCAACAGGCUUAUCAUGCUGUCGUGCUGAGCUAUGGAGCUGAGGGAAACCGCACUUUGGGAGUUCCGGGGGAAAAUCUCUCAGGAGUUUACUCCGCUAAAGACUUUGUGGGAUGGUACAAUGGGCUCCCCAGCAACAAAGGCUUGAAUCCCGAUCUGAGCAGUGAAACGGCAGUUAUUUUGGGCCAGGGGAACGUGGCUCUAGAUGUGGCCAGAAUAUUGCUUUCUCCCCUUGACGUUUUAACGAAGACAGACAUCACACAGCCCUCCCUGCAGGCCCUGGCUGCCAGCAGGGUGCGCCGGGUUCUGAUUGUGGGCCGGCGGGGGCCCCUUCAGGUGGCCUGCACCAUCAAGGAGCUCAGAGAGAUGGUGAACCUGCCUGGUAACAGACCUGACAUGUUGUCUGCAGACUUUCAAGGCAUUGCAGAAGUACUGAAAGACCUCCCCAGGCCGAGGAAGAGGCUGACUGAGCUGAUGAUGAAGGCAGUGCAGGAAAGGCCCGCGGGUGCACCGCUGACCUCCCGCCAGUGGGGGUUCCGCUUCCUGCGCAGCCCGGUGGAGGUUCUGCCCUCCCCGGAUCUGACCCAGACCGCCGGGAUCCGGCUGGGCAUCAACCGGCUGGAGGGCUCAGGGGAAGGUGCCCGGGCGGUGCCGACUGGUGAAACGGAAGACGUAGAGUGCGGAAUGGUUAUAAGCAGCAUCGGGUACCAGAGCCUGCCAAUUGACCCUGCUGUGCCCUUUGACCAUCACAAGGCCAUCAUCCCAAAUGCAAUGGGCAGAGUCCAGCAAGCCUCAGGCUUGUACUGCAGUGGAUGGGUCAAACGUGGCCCCACAGGCGUGAUCGCCACCACCAUGAACGACAGCUUUGACACUGCCCGGGUGCUUAUCAAGGACAUGGAGACGGGCGUCCUGGAUGUUUCCACUGUCAAGCCAGGAUCACACACUGUCACUCCCCUCCUUCAAAAGCGAGGUGUGAAUCCAGUGUCAUUCUCAGACUGGGAGAAGAUCGAUGCAGAGGAGAUGAAGAGAGGGACGGCAGUGGGAAAGCCAAGGGAAAAGCUGUUAGAUGUGACUGAGAUGCUGAAGACAGCCCACUCCUAAGAGCCAGGGACACGCUACAAACACAUGCACAGACACAAUCAUGUGACUAAGCUAACUACUGUAACUGUGUGCCAGUUGCAGAGUAUUAAUGAUUCUUUUUAUGAACCGAUUCAUAUUUUUUCAAUUUCCUUUCAUCACCGCUGGCAGACAUUAGUGGUAUUACUGGUAUUAUUAACAAACAUGCUCCACUUAUAUUACUUGUGAUUGUGAAGUACAUAAUUCCACUCAUUUGAUAAUGCUGCUGUUAGAGCAUCAGGAAAACUUCCAGGACUUGAACUUUAAGAAAAACUGACCAUUUGGAGAGUUCCUUUGAGAUGCUCUUGCCUGACUGAUAUUCCCAUUCCCACACAAGGCCGUACACAUCUGUAUUUGGAAACUGCCUGAAAGCAGUAAACAAUUAGGCAGACAUUGCCAGUGCUGUCAUCAACCAAAUGACAGCCAACAGGAACACACGCAGGAAUGAAGUACACAGCGUGAACAUUCCUGAAUACUGACUCCGAAAGUAUGGUAGCGGUAGUCCAAAAUUUGUUAUUUCAGCUGUGUACUUCAGGCACGUGGACGUGAGAUCAAAGGAUGAAUAAGUAGUACAUUCAGCUUUUAUUUCAUUGUAUUUACAUGCGCAUGUGUUUCAUUUUACAGAAGCGGCUGUCUUUGUCUCGAGUUCCUUCAUUAUCAGCUGUGCAAAAGCAAGUUAAUGGAUGACUGACAGAUGCUGCUCAAGUGUUUCUUUUGCAUAGAUUGUGCUCACAUAAAAGAGCAGUGCGUGUCUA